CCAGGGAUCAAAUUCAGGUCACCAGGCUUGUUCUUACCCACGGAGUAACUCCCUGGGAUGAAUAUAUUUUGGUUUAGUAUUUUGGAGCCUGGGAAGUUUGAGAGUCAUGUUGCCCAGGUUGGCCUUGGACUUAUUUUCCUAUCCCAACUCUAGGAUAGGAGACUUCUGGGAUCACAGGCAUGGGUCACGACACCCAGCUUAAAGAAUAACAUCUUUUUAAGUUACUAUGUCUGGGAGGCUUGUCGAGUGAAUUGGUGGGAUCAGGUGGCUGCCCUCAACUAUCAGAAGUCAGUACCAAAGGACUGGAAUUGUUUAUUGUCUGUCUUCUGCUUCAGAGUGUAAGUUACAUAAACAGUAAAGUUCCUAUGUUUAAGUGUAUAGUUGCUGGGUUGGGUUUUUGGCAGAAUCACUUCCAUAAAACCACCACCAUUGCCACCACAUCAUGAUGAAUCUCAUCACGUUCCUUUACACCCAUUGUAUGGGGUAGACUUGUUUCUGGUUUCAGGUUUGGGGAUCAUAUUCAGGGAAUCUUGUACUAACCACAUGCUACCAACUGAGCCAUACCUCCUAUCUCCAAAGUAUGUCUAAGACAAAGGAAGGUGGUUUUGCGAGUCACCUUGUAGAGGAGUAAACUAAUAAGCUGGAUUGCUUCACCUUAGUUUAGAAAGUAGCUCACAGUACUGUAUCUGUUCAUAGCACUCCAGUGUGGUUGGCUUUGAAAUCCCAGGGCACUUGGCUGUAUGUUUGAUACAUUGUAACCCCAAAGCCACCCACUUGUUAGGUUUUUGUGGUCAGGUCUUACCUAGUUUUUGUUUUGUAGGAUGAGGGGCAGGGUUUUACUAUGCAGGACUUGCUGGCCUGGAGUUCCCUAUGCAAAACAGACUGGCUUAUCUACCUGUCUCUGCCUCCCCGGUACCAGGAUUAAAAGUGUACACCACCAUACCUAGCCACCGACUUUCCUUGUUUUCGCUCAUAGAUUCACACCUUUAGGUAUAUAGGAGCCUAUUGUGGGUCCUAGGCAGGUCAGCACAGUUGGUGGCUAGAAAUAUAUUAUGUAUUGCUUUAAAACCUAAUUUAAAGCAUGCAGUAGGUACUCAUGGUUAGAGAAAGACAAACUCUUAAGUGGCUGUGAUCUCCAAGCCAUGAGAGCAUAAGACCCGGGUUCUAGUGCCAGUUGUGGAGGUUUUUGUGGGCAUGGUCCUGGCAAAGUGUUUCUUACUCUGGGUCUGUGGGAUCAGCAGUCACCGGGCUCUUGACACCAUUACUAUCCCACCCCUGUAAAGGGGAUUAUAUUUUGAUACCAGUUCUGUCCAGCUGUCUCUUUUUCCUUGCUCUCUCCCUUCAAAUAGACACAGUAAAUCAAUAAAUUCUGUAAGGGCAGAUUGAAAAUGGAACUGCUGAUAGACCAGGCUUAUGCAGAGUGCUUCUGCAAGAGCCAGAGAACUCGGACCUUGAACCAAGCAGCAGCGGCUGAGAGUUGGAAUAGCAAGUCUUCAUGUUAGUUAAGGGAUUAUCUUAUUUUCUUUUUGUUCAUGCCUCAGAGGCAGAGGGGCAUGCUGUUUCGGGAUUCUCCUGGGUGGAUGAAGGCAUGUUUGGGAAAUCUGAUUUUAUAAGCUUUCACCUGACUGGCAGAGUCAUUUUCUGCUAGGCUAAAUCCAGGAAACAUCUCAGGGUCUUAUUUGGUGUCCUAUUGCUGAGAGAUUAUUAAAAUUAGAAACCUCAGAAUGUAGGCUGCAAUCUUUCUAAGAAGAUCAGGAAGUGUGUCUUGUUCAUGGUCCCUCAUGUGCCAGCUGUGGAAUAGUUGCCACAUGAGCUUGCUGUCCGCUUAUGUUCUCCCACUGAAUGGAGCUUCUGUAUGGCCUAACUCACAGGGUGGGGUGGCUAAUUUGGGGGGGGGGGCGCGUGUCAGUGAAACGGACUUUCAGGCAAAUGUAAGAAGUCACAGCUCUGCCUUCUGUUUGUGGGUCUGUAUGAUGAUGUGUCACUCAAGGGAAGGAAAGUGGACAGGAUUUGGCAUUUUGUCACUUAGCCCUCCAGGUAAUCUGAGUACACACACACACACACACACACACACACACACACACACACACCUGCCCAAACCUGCUUCCAUCCAUGACAAUAUUCCAACUCUUUUAGGAAAAUAUUUUACUUAGAUACAAAUUCAUUCCUUGUGAUCUUAUUUUCAAAUUCUUGGAACAGUGGGGCAUGGACUCUUCUCUAUUGGAGCCCUCAGUCAAAGCCAAAUAGGCUUUCCCUAAAUGCAGGGAGUCUAAGCUUCACGAGCUUGUGAAGGGUUAAGGGAGCCACACCCUCAGCAGGAACAGUCCUGGACUUUGUCCUGAGCAGCCAUCUCUCUGGCCUCUUCUGGCCUGAGUGGCACAGGGAGCCAGGGUGAGAGGAGCCAGCACAGAGGAAGGUCGGACAGAGGACACCUGGCUUCUUGACACCAUGGACAGCUCCUGUUAACUAAGACACUGCUCCAUCCUUGUGUCUGUGGCUCAUACCCUUCCCAUCAGACCGGGACUUCCCAUCAGACCCCCACCCCCAUUCUCCAAGGGGCACCAAAGUACAUCCUUGUUUCUACUGUGGGGUAAGUCCUGCCCUGCCCUGUCAUCCUGGGGUGCCCCAACUGGGAUCUGUUUCUUUUUCCCUUUCUCACCUCCAAAUAAGUUUACUCCCCUCAAUUCAAACUCAAAGAUGUGUUCUCAUACCCUACCUCUGCUUUACACCCUUCCCUGCCUAGCUGCUUCAAAGACUCUCUCUCUCUCUCUCUCUCUCUCUCUCUCUCUGUGUGUGUGUGUGUGUGUACUUGCACGUGCAGGUGGGAGAGAUAGACAGCGACAGGAUCUUAUUUUGUACUUCAGGUUGGUCUGUGGGUCAUUGUGCAGCUCAGGUUGGUCUAUGUCAAUCCUCCUGCCUUGGCCUCCUGAAUACUGUGAUUACAGGCAUAAGCCGCCAUGCUUGGCUACUUACCCUUAAUCUGAGAAAUAUGAGCUAAUAAUAGUAUCUACUUCAUGGGCUAUUAUAACUGUCAAGUCUCAGUGUUUAGAGCUCUGUCUGGCCUGUGAUGAACACUGCAUGUUUUCUAGAGACUACUAUCAUCAAUAUUCAUGUGAUGCCCUCGGUAUUUAGAAAGUUACUGGAGCCUGGGGAAAGCAGAAUGAAGCAGAAAGAAGGCUGGGUGGCUUCCUUGCCCUGCAUUCUGUUCUUGUUCUCCCUCUAGGUUCAGAGAAGUGGGAGAGUGAGGGAAUGUGUUACACUCCUGCAGAGGAGUGGCACUGAUCAUUGAACUAACUCUGCCACCCCUCCCACUCAGUCUGCUUGCGGAGAGUUUUUUAUUUCCUGCAGAGGAGUGGCACUGACCAUUGAACUAACUGUCACCCCGCCUACUUUUUAUUUCCUGCAGAAACACCUGCCACAUGCCUGCUUCGUGCAGCUCAGCCCAGCCCUCUUCCCCCGCCCCCCUCAGAGUCCUCCCUGGAGCACUCUUCCUUGCCCACUCCCACCCGCUGCUAAAAAAUGGGGUGUGUCUCUUUGGGCAAAGUCCUUGCCAGAAGAUAUAGAUAUGGGUAUAAACUGUGAAGGUUUUACAGGGGGGAUAAUGAGAGACCUGACAAUUGAGAAAGUAUACCCACUCCCAUUUUCUAUGGGCAGUUCUGAUCUUUUGUUUAUAUUCCUGAGCUCAUCACCUUAUCCAACAUCAACUAAAAAUGAAGUCACUGUGGUAAUGACAAGAAAGAGAUGGGCUUCAUAAAGGGAUUAGGUGACUGAAAUAGGGGUUGGCUACAAGCACUGGGGCAAGGAGCCAGAGAGAGCACCCGCUCAGAGGGAGGAGGGAGAGCACCUUGAGCACCUAGCUGCAGAACAAAGCUUGGCUCACACGUCCUCCAGCCUUCUCCUUUAUGAUUCUGCUCCCCUUUUCCCAGGUGGGCAGACAAAGGUGGUCCUAUCUGAUGCCCACCCCCUACCCAGGGUUCCUCCACCUCCCUGGCUGGCCAGGUUGGUUCAGAGACCCUUCUGGCUAGAGAGCUCUCCUGUAGAGAGGGAGAAGUCGGCUCUUGUAGGCCUCUUCCUCUCCCAUCACAACUUAACUCUGAAGCUGGGCUGUCAGCAGCUAUUUACCAUGUUUACUCCUAGGAUCCCCUAGCCUCUUGGCAUGCCUCUCCUGGAAGGUCCCGUGGGGGUGGAGGACCUCAUCCUCUUGGAACCCCUGAAUGAGGAGUCUCUGAUCAAGAACCUCCAACUCCGUUAUGAAAAUAAAGAGAUUUAUACAUACAUUGGGAAUGUGGUGAUCUCAAUGAAUCCCUACCAGCAGCUUCCCAUCUAUGGCCCAGAGUUCAUUGCCAAAUACCGAGACUAUACUUUCUAUGAACUGAAGCCCCACAUCUAUGCUUUGGCAAAUGUGGCCUACCAGUCACUGAAGGAUCGGGACCGGGACCAGUGUAUCCUCAUCACAGGCGAGAGUGGAGCUGGCAAGACUGAGGCAAGUAAGCUAGUGAUGUCCUACGUGGCUGCUGUCUGUGGGAAAGGAGAGCAGGUGAACUCCGUGAAGGAGCAGCUGCUUCAGUCAAACCCAGUGCUGGAGGCAUUUGGCAAUGCCAAGACCAUCCGCAAUGACAACUCCUCUCGAUUUGGAAAGUACAUGGACAUCGAGUUUGACUUCAAAGGGUCCCCCCUGGGCGGUGUCAUCACCAACUAUCUGCUUGAGAAGUCCCGAGUGGUGAAGCAACUCAAAGGGGAGAGGAGCUUCCAUAUCUUCUAUCAGCUGCUGGCUGGAGCAGACACACAGCUGCUGAAGGCCCUAAAGCUUGAGGGGGACACACGUGUAUAUGCCUACCUGAAUGGGCAGGUGUCCAAGGUGAAUGAUAUGGACGACGCCUCCAACUUCAGGGCUGUGCAGCAUGCAAUGUCAGUGAUUGGGUUCUCAGAGGAGGAAAUUAGACAAGUGCUGGAGGUGACGGCCCUGGUGCUGAAGCUGGGGAACGUGAAGCUGACAGAUGAGUUCCAGGCCAACGGGAUUCCAGCCAGUGGCAUCUGUGAUGGGAAAGUUAUUCAGGAGAUUGGAGAGAUGGUGGGCUUGAAUUCUGCAGAACUAGAGAGAGCUCUGUGCUCAAGAACCAUGGAGACAGGCAAAGAGAAGGUGGUCACGGUGCUGAAUGUCACGCAGGCUCAAUAUGCUCGGGAUGCCCUGGCAAAGAACAUUUACAGCCGCCUCUUCGACUGGAUAGUGAAUCGCAUCAAUGAGAGCAUCAAGGUGGGCACUGGGGAGAAGAGGAAGGUUAUGGGGGUCCUGGAUAUCUACGGCUUUGAGAUACUGGAGGAUAACAGCUUUGAGCAGUUCGUGAUCAACUACUGCAAUGAGAAGCUACAGCAAGUGUUCAUAGAACUGACCUUGAAGGAAGAACAGGAGGAAUACAAGAGAGAAGGCAUCCCAUGGACAAAGGUGGACUACUUUGACAACGGCAUCAUCUGUAACCUCAUUGAACAUAGUCAGCGAGGCAUCCUGGCCAUGCUGGAUGAGGAGUGCCUGAGACCUGGGGUGGUGAGCGACUCCACUUUCCUAGCAAAGCUGAACCAGCUCUUCUCUAAGCACAGUCACUACGAGAGUAAAGUCUCCCAGAAUGCCCAGCGCCAGCAGGAUCGCACCAUGGGGCUCAGCUGCUUCCGCAUCAGCCACUAUGCGGGCAAGGUGACAUACAAUGUAGCCGGCUUCAUCGACAAGAAUAAUGACCUUCUCUUCCGAGACCUAUCGCAGACAAUGUGGAAGGCCCAGCAUCCCCUCCUAAAGGCCUUGUUCCCAGAGGGGAACCCCAAGGAAGCAUCUCUCAAACGACCCCCGACUGCUGGGACCCAGUUUAAGAAUUCGGUGGCCAUACUCAUGAAGAACCUGUAUUCUAAGAACCCCAACUACAUCAGGUGCAUAAAGCCCAAUGACCAGCAGCUACAAGGCAGGUUCACCUCAGAGCUGGUUAUGGUCCAGGCUCGAUACCUGGGGCUGCUGGAGAAUGUUCGGGUGCGCAGGGCUGGCUAUGCCUUCCGCCAGGGCUAUAAGCCAUUCCUGGAAAGGUACCGAUUGCUCAGCCGGAGCACCUGGCCUCGCUGGAAUGGAGAUGAUCGGGAAGGUGUGGAGAAGGUCCUGGGGUCUCUGACUUUGUCGUCAGAGGAGCUGGCCUAUGGGAAGACAAAGAUCUUCAUCAGAAGCCCCAAGACCCUUUUCUACCUGGAAGAACAAAGGCGCCUGAAGCUUCAGCAGCUGGCCACCCUCAUCCAGAAGGUUUACCGGGGCUGGCGCUGUCGGACCCACUACCAGCAGAUGCGGAAGAGUCAGAUCCUCAUCUCGGCUUGGUUUCGGGGCAACAAGCAAAAGAAGCACUACGGGAAGAUACGGUCGUCGGUACUGCUGAUCCAGGCUUUCGUGAGAGGGUGGAAGGCCCGCAAGAACUAUCGGAAAUACUUCCGGUCAGGCGCUGCACUCACCUUGGCAAAUUUUAUCUACCAGAGCAUAACACAGAAAUUCCUCUUGAAUUUGAAGAAGAAUUUGCCAUCCACCAAAGUGUUGGACAACACAUGGCCAGCUGCCCCUUACAGGUGCUUCAACACAGCCAAUCAGGAGCUGCAUCGCCUCUUCUACCAGUGGAAGUGCAAGAAGUUCCGAGAUCAGCUGUCUCCGAAGCAGGUGCAGACACUGAGGGAAAAGCUCUGUGCCAGUGAGCUGUUUAAGGGCAAGAAGGCUUCCUACCCCCAGAGUGUGCCUAUCCCGUUUCGUGGUGAUUACAUCGGACUGCAAGGGAGCCCCAAGCUUCAGAGGCUGAAGGGCAGGGAGGAGGGGCCUGUCCUGGUGGCAGACACCGUAAAGAAGGUCAACCGAGGCAAUGGCAAGACAUCAGCACGGAUUCUCCUCCUGACCAAGGGCCACGUGAUUCUCACAGAUGCCAAGAAGUCCCAGGCCCAAAUUGUCAUAAGACUGGAGGAUGUGGCUGGGGUGUCGGUCACCAGCCUCCAGGAUGGGCUCUUUAGCUUGCAUCUGAAUGAGAUGGCAUCAGCAGUCUCCAAGGGGGAUAUCCUGCUAGUCAGCGACCAUGUAGUUGAACUGCUGACAAAAAUGUACCAAGCAGUGCUGGAUGCCACGCGGAGGCAGCUUUCUGUCACUGUGACUGAGAAGUUCUCAGUGAGGUUCAAGGAGGGCAGUGUGGCUGUUAGGGUUAUCCAGGGCCCCGAGGGGAAUGGGAACAGAAAGCUGACCUGUAAGAAGAAGGGGAGUCAUUCCAUGGAGGUGAUUGUGCGGUGAGGAGGUGGGGCCUCCUGGAGAUGCAGUUUCUUCCUCUGGAACAGAACUUCAUUGUCUAGCUCUUCUGACCGUGAUGUCGGGCUUAGAGAAGAAGAACCCUUGAAGAUGGUCCCUGUUCCCUGGACCUUUCUAGAAUUCUUACCCAAACACAGCUUCUUCCCAGCUGCAGCCUGUCUGACCAUUAAUAAAUCGAGUGGUUCAAAAAGG